CCCAGGCAGCUCCAAGGAGCCAUCGGGAGGGAGGCUGCCCGCGCCAGAGAGCUCGCCUCCUUCUGGGUCGCCGUCUCUUUUUGGGCUCCCGAUGGCCUCUCCCCACCCUCCCAAGUGAGGUCCUCCUCUCCUCCCUCCCUCCCUCCCCCCUGGUCCUCUUCCUCCUCCUCCUCCUCCUCCUCCUCUUUCGCCAGGCCCAGGAUCCAGCCAGGGGGAGCUGGCUGGUUAGGCGCCCCCCCUCUCCCCCGCCUCCCUCCUCGCCCCCUAAAAGGGCCGCUCGGUGCGCUGCGGGUUGGCCCCCGAGAUGAUGCAGCAGGACGAGUCGAACUCUCCAGUCUCGCCCGCCGACGACAGCCUGAGCAACAGCGAGGAGGAGCCCGACCGACAGCAGCAGCUUCAGGGCGGCGGGAAGCGAGGCGGGCGCAAGAGGCGAUCGAGCCGCAGGAGCGCAGCCGGAGCCGGGAGCGGAGGAGCCGGAGCAGCGAUCAGCGUGGCCGAGGAGCCCUGCAGCCCAGCGCAAGGCAAGCGGGGAAAGAAGUCCGCCGGAGGCGGAGGCGGCGGCGGCGGGGGCAGCAGCAGCGGCGGGGGCAGCCCACAGUCCUACGAGGAGCUCCAGACGCAGCGGGUGAUGGCCAACGUCCGCGAGCGGCAGCGCACCCAGUCGCUGAACGAAGCCUUCGCGGCGCUGCGCAAGAUCAUCCCGACGCUGCCGUCGGACAAGCUGAGCAAGAUCCAGACGCUCAAGCUGGCCGCCCGCUACAUCGACUUCCUCUACCAGGUCCUGCAGAGCGACGAGCUCGACUCCAAGAUGGCCAGCUGCAGCUAUGUGGCCCACGAGCGCCUCAGCUACGCCUUCUCCGUCUGGCGCAUGGAGGGCGCCUGGUCCAUGUCCGCCUCCCACUAGCGGCCCGCGCCGCCUGCCCCGGCCGGAGACCUAGAUGACAUUGUUCCCAAAGAAGGAGAGAAAAUGGACUGUCUAGAGAGACUCUGCACUUGGAAUUCCCCCCUCUUUUUUCCCUAAGACAAAUAAUGCCAAGGAUUUUCUUGGAAAUGUAGACGCGUUCUUGGCCAAGGUUGCAAAGAGCAGGGCGUGGGGAGCAUUUCAGGCGAGAGACCCAGAGGCCCCUCGGACAGUGAGGCGGCUGAACAGCUCACCAGACAUCUCUGCAUUCUGAUAGAAAUCUGACCCGGUUGAUUUUUAUUUUUUUAUUUUGACGAAGAAUGUUGGAAUUUAACUUUUCCUUAUUUCCUUUCCCCCCCUUUGUUCUUGCAUGCAUGCAUUCCCAAGAGACCUUAUGAGCCACUCGUGGAAGGAAAUACGUGACUGUGGACUCCUCCAACCCAGCUUUUGAACAGAUCUAAUGACCACCAAAACCGAAAUAUCCCUCUUUAGAGCGAGUGAGAAAGGGGAGGGGGGCUCUCUUAAAAAUAUGUUUAGGCGGGCAAAACAUGGUUGGCUUGCGCGCAAACCUAACCGGUGCCUCUUUUAUUUUUUGAUUCUUCCUGAGGGGGAAAAACAACAACCAACCCCACAAAACCCAAAAUGAAACAUUCUAUUUAUUUAUUGAUGACCCAUGUUAAAAUGCACAUAGAUCCGGUGUCUAUAUGCAUUCCUAUUUUUAUGAUUGUUUUGUAAAUAUCAUUGUAUAUUUUUUUUUCUGCAAUAAAUAAAUAUGAUUGAAAUGUUAA